AUUUAGCAGCACUCCACGAACAAUGACAGUUGCCAGAACGUACACAGGAACUGAAGCGCUGCUCUGAACUCGCUGCUUUUUGGGUUCGUUUUGCAGCUUUCAGCUCCUGCUGCCGGACAGGAAGCCGAGGAUGUGACCGCGUUGCUGCAGAUUAGCAUGUGUGUGAAUUUAAAGUGGACUUGGGACACGGCUCGGCCCUCAGGACACGCUGCCCUGACUCGGACCACGGCUGCAGGCUCGGAAUGCGUGUUGAUGGCCGUUCCCGGCGACUGAAGCGAGAAACAUAUCGAGCAGAACUUGGAUGGACUCGGUCCACUGAAAAGUCACAUCUCUCCUGAACGACUUGAGGGACGCUGUCAGAGAAGAAAUGGAUGUCUUUGGUGGCGCACCACGUUUCUUAGCCUACCCAAGACCUGUAGUGGUCCAAAGUGGGACUGAUGCAGUUCUUAAGUGUCAGAUUGGCGGUGAUCCACGACCUGCUGUCAUCUGGGAGCGAAACAACGAAAAGAUUGACCCCCAAGGACGAUAUAGGGUCUUUGAAGAUGGCAAUGUUUACAACCUUAUCAUUACAGCUGUUACUAUUGAGGACAGUGGGCAAUACAUUUGUAAAGCUAAGAACAGCAUCGGGGAAACGUACGCGGCUGCCACGCUAAAGGUAGAAGGCGAGGCACAAGAGAUGGAGCUCAGAGAGGAAAACAAGCCACGGUUCCUCAUCAAGCCUCUUUCCACACGUGUCGGCCGUGGGGAAGAUGCCGUCUUCUCCUGCAAGCUUUGGGGAAACCCGCGACCGGAAGUCGUCUGGGAAAAGGACGGUAGAAAACUCAACGAAAUAUUUGAGAGCACGCAUUUCAGCGUGGGCUACCAGGAUGGAGGAUGGUUUCAGCUCAAGAUCUUUAAGACUCGCGCUCCGGACGGUGGGGUGUACACAUGCAAAGCUCGGAAUGAGUUUGGAGAGGCGUUGGCAGGAGCCGUGUUGCUCGUCGACGCCGGCCCUGGGCACGAAGAGGAAGGAAACCGUAACGGCUACACUAACGGCCACUGGAAAGUUCCUCAGGGAAAACAAAGGACUGGCAGACAAGUGCCAACCCGACUAAAGGACGAUGCCAUGACAAAGUCCACAAAAGUGAAAAUGUUUGCUGUGACUGAGGGCAAACAUGCCAAAUUCCGCUGCUUUGUGACUGGAAAACCCAAACCAGAAAUAAUCUGGAGGAAGGACGGUAGACUUAUCCUGUCCGGAAGGCGAUACUUGUUGUAUGAAGACAGAGAAGGAUACUUCACGCUCAAAGUUCUGUACUGCAAGCAAAAGGACAAUGGAGUUUACGUCUGUGCUGCAUCAAACACCGCAGGGCAAACCCUCAGCGCUGUGCAUCUCGCCGUCAAGGAGCCACCGGUCCGGUUUAAGCAGCCUCUCUAUGAUCUUGAAGUUUGGGAACGGGAUUUAGCUGUUCUGGAGUGCGAAGUUCCAGAAGAUUCAGUUCCCAUCACGUGGUAUCUGGAGGACAGACGGCUGCAGCCGGGGGCCAAAUAUGGAAUGGAGGAGUGGGGAACCAAACGGAGGCUGACGAUUCGGGACAUUGGCGUUGAUGACGAUGGGAUUUACCUCUGUGAGAUGCCUGAUGGGGGCAGAAGCAUCGCGGAGGUAGCUGUAAAAGGUACAAUUUUGCGAAAGCUUCCAAGGAAAGUGGAUGUCUUGGAAGGUGAAAAUGCCGCCUUUUGUGUUGAAGUGGAGAAAGAAGAGAUGGACAUACAUUGGUACAAAGAUGGCAUCGAGCUGCGCGAAACGCAUCAGACCAUCCUGAAGUCCUUUGGUCGAACUCACAUCCUGGUUUUCGUCAACACGAUGCCCCAAGACUCUGGCCUUGUGACCUUCCUCGUUGGCCGGUCCAAGACUUCAUCUCAGUUAAGAGUGAAAGCGGCCCGACAUUGUCCUCCAAGUUGUCCAGUAGGAGUUCAGAUCAACACGGAGCGUGCAAACGCCGCUCUCCUCUCGUGGGUUCCCGCCCCAGAUUCACGGAAGAACCCUCCGUCUGGUUAUGUGCUUGAGCGACAGGAAGUAGGCACCGGUUCGCAGGAGUGGCUGCAGUGCCUGACCACUGACUCUGCAACCUCAGUGGAGAUCCUGGGAGACAGUGUCCCAUGUGAAGCAGAUUACCGCUUUCGCAUUUGUAGUGUAAAUAAAUACGGAAAAAGCAACAACGUUGAGUUCCCCAGAACUGUUCAUUUAGUUCCUGUCGCCAGGAUUCAAGCUCCUCUACAGGACGCCUUGGUGCCAGAGGGACAAGAUGCUCUUUUCACCAUCGAGCUUUCUGCUUCGGUGAUUGGUACCUGGUUCUUAAAUGGUACUCAGCUUCAAGACGAUGAGCGUUAUUCCCUCCGCCGGUCAAGGACACACCAGUCUCUUCGUAUCCGAGGAGUACGCGACGCAGACAACGGAGCGGAGAUUACAUUCAUUGCCUACGGCAUCCGAGAUUCUGCAGCUCUGUACAUUCAAGCUCCACUUGUGAAAUUUUCACCUCUGUCUGAAAUGGAUCGAAACAAGUUUGUGGAAGUUGGCAACCCCAUCGUGCUCUACUGUGAGCUCUCUGAUCCUGCUGCUCCGGUGCACUGGUACAAGAACGGCGUCGAGUUGCAAACUGUGGAAGGUCUUCAUAUUCAGUCCGAGGGAACGAUGAGACGAAUUGUCAUCCAGUCUGCAGACUUCUCGCAUUCAGGGGUCUACUGCUGUGAUGCCAUUGACGAUGUAAUCAGGUUCAACGUGGAAGUCGAAGCCCCACCUGUGAGGUUUUCCACAAUUCCAGAUGCUGAACGGAGCAAAAGCAUCCAAGCAGGCGGGCCGUUUGUUUUACAGUGUGAGCUCUCAGAUCCCUCUGCCCAAGUGUACUGGUACAAAGAUGGAUCAAAGCUCCACCCUCAGACCGGAGUCGAUGUCAAAGCCGAAGGCUUAUCGAGGAAACUGGUCGUCCAUUCAGCAGAAGUCGCUCACUCCGGCUUGUACUGCUGCAAGACAAAGGGCGACGCCGUCACCUUCAGUGUGGAGAUCACAGCUCCACCUAUGAAGUUCUCAGCUAUUCCUGAGGAUGUGAAGAUCAAGUUGAUCGAAGCUGGCAGCCCUAUAGUUCUCCAGUGUGUGGUGUCGGAUCCCGAGGCCCAGGUUUGCUGGUUCAAGGAAGAAAUGAAGCUCAUUUCCAGCUCUGGAUUAGAAAUCCAUUCAGUGGGCAACACAAGAACCUUAGUUAUUCAGUCGGCAGAGGUGUCCCACUCUGGUUUAUACAGAUGCGCCACUGACGAUGAUACCGUGGAGUUUCAAGUGGAGAUCAAAGCUCUACCUGUGGCAUACUCUACUAUCUUUGACGCUGAGAGAAGCGGGUCCCUUGAGGUGGGCGACCCUUUGAAGGUGGAAUGUGAGUUUGCAGCCUCCACUGUCCCGGUCGGCUGGAGUAAAGAUGGUAAAAAGCUCGACCCGCAAAAGGGUUGGGGUAUACAAAGUACCGGCUCACCGCCGGGACCCGUUAUCCCACCCCCUGAGCUCUUGCCCUCAGGGCAGUGCUGCUGCCAAACCACUGAGGCCACUGUCCACGUCUCUGUGGAUGAUAAAGCUCCAACAUUGCCGCCCCGCCAGGAGGCUGGAGGGUUGCAGACACUCGAAGCAACCCGUCCACCUGAACCAGUUGGUGAAAGCUCAGACCCUGCAAGCCAGGUGUCAUGGCCGAGAGAUUCACAAUCCUAUUCAAGCACACCAUUUGGUUUUGAAACGGGAGAUGUCAAGGAGACCCUUGUUAUUGAACCAACUCAUCCUUCAAACUCUGGAGCAUACUAUUGUGCAACAGCAGAUGAUGUGGCCAAAUUAAUAGUAGUAAACAAAGUGUCCCCUCCAACAUAUGUACUUGACCCUGACGAGAAGACCAGGUCAACCGAAGAGCAAUAUCCAAUUGUUCAGCAAUUUGAGAUUUCAGAUCCCAUUGCUAAAGCUUGUUGGUACAAAGACGGAACCCAGAUUUAUCCUAAAAGAGAACCCGACACUGAAGAGCACAGCCAGAUCUUGGCCCUUGUGUCCCAACACUUGUCGGAUGAUGGCGGGUUCUGCUGUGACGCGUCUGACGGCGUGCCGUUAAGAGCGGACGUGAAAGCAGAGCAGUGUCACUCGCGUGACCAGGUUGGUGAGGUAGCUGAUGCAUCAGCCCAAAACUCUGUGGAAGUCAAAGCUACAUCGCCAAGACUCUCUUCCGACCAAGAAAGGAACACGUCUGCGGAAGAGGCUUACUCUGACCAAGAUACCCAGACGUCCCCACAAUGCAAUUCUGGCACCUUCACUGGAUGUGGGGGAGAUGAAGUUCACGUUGAGUAUACACCAACCUCUCAGCCAACAUAUGGAUCCACAUCUCACUGCAGUACCACAAAAUCCCACUUUAGGCCAAUACAAACUGAAUUUAACUUGGAGGAUCCUGUCCCGUCAAUGCAGAUAAACCACUUUGAAAAGAAAAUAACCAGUCAACUAAAGCCAGAUAACCUCCAUAAGACUAUAAAAACCUUGACGGGGAGAGCAUCAAACACCAUGCAGGCUUCAACAGACCAACCUGACAAGUUUUAUGCAGCCUUAGAAACUGGUCCUCAUCAGCAGGAGGAAUGGUUUGAGCUCUUAAAAGAUUCAACUGUAACACCGGAGGAGGGCUCAAAAUCCACACAGACAACUACUGUCCAGUCAGACAGAGACUCUGGGUCCAUACAAAUACCAGCUGCUCUUCCUGAAAAGCUCCUAGAUUGCUCUCCGUCUGGGAACGUCCUCUGUUUGAGGCCAAACAACUGUUUAAGGACAUCAACUCACCGGCCAGAGGAGCUAAACCUAGCCAAACAGACAUCAGCUGCAUUAUCAGAGGAUUUGUUUCCCUCAGGUUUGUGUCCAAAUAAUGAGGCAGAAGUUUUCCAAUCUGAACAUCUUACGUCAAAUACAUAUGUCACGUUGGACGAAUUUAAUUACACUGGACAGUCCGCAUCCAACCUUCCACAGUUGCUAUGUCUGUCAAAUAAGGACAAAACUGUCCAACAAAUUCAUCAUCAGAACCUGGAGCCCGUAGAGGACCAAAUGGACCAGUCAAACCACCGUGAAGAAAGUUCUGUCGUUUGCUUUCCAGACCUUUAUGACACCAAGAAGACAUCGACGCAAUCCCAGUCAGAGAGGAAUUAUCUGUCAAGAACACAUGACAGUCACUGGAGUGACAAUGUCACUGCUAAUAAGGUGGCUGUUGAAGGUGAUUUCAAUGCAUCCCCAACUCUGCCAGUGAGAAUCAAAACUCUUCAAGAGGCUGAGAGGAACAAGGCUGUUGCAGCUGGUGAACCCAUUGAGCUACGAUGUGAGAUAUCAGACCCCAGUGCUCCAGUGACUUGGGUUAAGGAUGGAGUAAAUCUGUCUGAAGGAUCUGGGCAGAACCUGCUCACACAGGGCGCCGUCAGAACGCUGGCGGUCCAAUCAGCAAUGCCGUCUCAUGCAGGAAUUUACAUCUGCAAGACAUCACAUGAUGCAGUGCAGUUUUAUGUGGAUGUGAAAGCUCCUCCUCUGACAUUCGCAGCUUUGUCUGAGGCUGACCAGAAAAUGACAGUGGUAGCUGGCUCUCCCAUAGCUCUGCAGUGCGAGCUGUCAGACGCCUCUGGACAAGUCAGUUGGUACAAGGACGGGAGAAAGCUCAGAGCUCAAAGCGGAGUAGCCAUCCAGUCUCAGGGAAACGUGAGGAGUCUGGUUGUGCCGUCCGCUGAGCGAGCUCAUACUGGUGUGUACCGGUGCGAGUCAAAGGAUGAUGACAUCCAGUUCUCUGUGGAAGUAAAAGGGCUACCUGUGAAGUUCUCAAAGCUGCAAGAGAAGGACAGUAACAGAUCCAUCGAAGAGGGAAAACCUCUUGCCCUUAGCUGUGAACUCUCUCAUGACCCCUCGGCUCAUGUCGACUGGUACAAAGACGGGAUGAAACUUGGGUCUUGGGACAAAGUGGAAAUUAAGUCAGAUGGUCUGACAAGGACCCUAAUCAUCCCGCCGGCUGAAAGCGUUCAUGCUGGUAUCUAUGAAUGCUCGACGUCAGAGGACAGCGUUACCUUUAAAGUGGAUGUAAAAGGCCAAUCACCAAGGAUUAUGGCAACCCCGUUUUCAGAAAAAUACAAGCUGAUUAGACUUGGUUCUCCAGUAUUCCUGCAGUGUGAGGUGUCAGACCCUGCUGCUCAGGUUUCCUGGUUUAAAGAUGAGGUGGAGCUUUUCUCCAAAACAGGCCUUGAUAUGAAAAGAGACGGCGCCCUGAGGAAGUUAAUCAUUCACUCAGCGAAGGCCUCUGAUUCUGGCCUCUACAGCUGUAGGCUCGCUGAUGAGGCCGUGACCUUUCAUGUGGACAUUGAAGCUACUCCUGCGAGUUUCUCAAAGCUACCACAGGUUGCAAGAAGCAAAUUUGUAGAAGCAGGCUGCCCAGUUAAGCUGCAGUGUGAAGUCUCAGAGACAGCUGCUCAGGUUCACUGGCAUAAAGACGGAGAACGGCUUCUGGAAACGAGAGAAUAUGAAAUCCAAACCAGUGAAAAACUGAGGGAGCUGGUGAUUCAAUCAGCAGAAGUCGGGCGCUGUGGGUUGUACAGCUGCGAGGCUGCAGAUAACCGUAUUCAAUUCAAGGUGGAUGUUGCAGCUGUUUCAGAGGCAGUGAGGAGCGAAUCUGUUGAGGCAGGAAACCUGAUCAGAGUACAUGGUGAGAACUCAGACCCUGCAGUCCAAACCUGCUGGUAUGAGGACGGGAUAGAAUCGAGCUUAGCGGUCCAGUCAAAGCCCGAUAAGGGAGCUCUGGUCAUGGAGUCGUCCCUGUCAUCAUGCUCUGGGGUGUAUGAAUGUAAGGCUGAUGACGGUGAUAAAGAUUUCCAGGUGAAAGCGCCGCCUGUAACGUUUACCGACAUCCCAGAGAAGGACCUUUUCCGAACCGCUGUGGAGCAAGAGCAGCUUAUUCUGUCGUGUGAAGUCUCAAGGGCCGACGGCGUGGUCCAGUGGUACAAAGACGGAACCGAAAUACAGCCCUGCAAUAAUGUAUCAAUGGAGGCCGAGGGCACCAAGAGAAAUCUGAUCAUUAAUUCAGCCAAACUGUCUGACACCGGCGCAUACACCUGCCGCACAGGAGACAACAUUUUAAUAUUUAAAGUCAACAUAAGAGAGCCUCCCGUGAUGAUUGUUUACCCCAAAGAGGACGUCCACCUCGACCGCCACGUCCCUGAGGAAAUCAUCCUGAGCUGCGAACUGUCCCGGCCCAACGGAGCCGUCGGCUGGUUCAAGGACGGCCAGAAGCUGCAGGAGAGUGAGAACAUCAAGCUCAAGUACGAGGGUCCGUACCGGCGACUGAAGAUCCUCUGCAGCAGAGUCGAAGACUCUGGCGAAUACGUCUGCGACACGGCCGACGAUUCCAUAUUCUUCCAUCUUAGCAUUACGGAGCCUCCGGUUCAGAUUCUGUCUCCGAGCCAGUCCCAAAUGGAGCUGUGUCAGCAGACGUCGGAGCGGAUGGUCCUGAGCUGUGAGAUCUCUCGGCCCAAUGCGGUGGUGCGCUGGUAUCGAGACGGACUGGAGGUGGAGGAAAGCGAGAACCUCCUCCUGGAGGUGGACGGCGUCUACCGGAGGCUCAUUAUCCCUGAGACGACGGUCAGAGACUCGGCAGAAUACGUGUGCGACACCGGAGACGAUUCUGUGACGUUUUUUGUAAACAUAGCAGAGCCUCCUGUGCGGUUUUUGCGCCCACGGAAGAUGCCGAGCAGAGUUGAGAAAGUGGUUGGUGAGACUUUGGUUCUGGACUGCGAGGUUUCCAGGUCAAACGCUGAGGUGACCUGGAAAAAGAAUGGAGAAGAAGUGGAGGACUCCAGGAAAGUCACAAUCCUGGAAGAUGGCGUCACGCGUCAGUUAACGAUUCAUUCUGUAACGGUGGAAGACGCCGGGCAAUACGUGUGUGACGCGAAGGACGACGUGAUGGACUUCAGUGUCAGAGUGCAGGAUUUGCCUGUAAGAAUCCUUGGAAAAACUGAUGCAAAGACAGAAAAGCAGUUCCUAGUUUCAGAUGACAUCAUUCUGGUGUGUGAGCUGUCGAACGCCAACGCGUCCGUCCGCUGGUACAAAGACGGUCAGCUGAUCGACGACAGCCAGAGAUACUGCUGCGAAGAGCAGGACGUGUUCCGGUCGCUGGUCGUCCUCAACGCCGGCCUGGAAGACUCAGGAGAAUACAGCUGCUACGCAGGAGACGACAAGAUGGCCUUCACCAUCACUGUGAGAGAACCUCCUGUGCAGAUUAUUGGGAACUCUGGGAACCCGGAGCAUCAUGUGAUGGUAACCGGAGACGACCUCAUCCUGGAGUGUGAAGUUUCCAGACCGAACGCCGACGUGGAGUGGACACGCAACGGAGAGGCUCUCCAACCGAGCGACCGGAUCCGGAUCGACAGCUACGGCGUCGUCAGGAAGUUCGUCCUCUCUGGGCUCCAGCCCUCAGACUCUGGAGAAUAUGUCUGUGAAGCCAUCGAUGACAAGCUGGUCACAGUCGUGGAGGUUCAAGAUCCCCCAGCCAAGUUUCUUAAUAAAAAAGGAAAGAAUAAGAUGUCAGCUUAUGAGAAUGAGAGCGCCACAUUGUGUGCCGUAGUGAGCAGCGACAGAGCUAAUGUCCGCUGGCUGAAAGACGGCCAGCUGUUGAAUAAGGACAACAUUCAUAUCUCCAGUGAGGGUAAAACUCAUAAGCUCACCAUUAAUCCUCUGCAGCUGUCAGAUUCUGGAGAAUAUGUCUGUGACGUAAACACGGAUGAAAUGUUUUUCAGUCUUUUAGUCGAAGAAAUGAAGGUGAAGUUUGUCAAACGUCUGGAGAAUGUGACCUCUCCGAAAGGUAAAACUCUUACACUACAGUGUGAGGUGAACAAGCCCAAAGGAGACGUGCAGUGGCUAAAAGACGGUAAGGAGAUGACGCCAAGUCGCCGCUGCACAAUACGAGCCCAAGGCCGGGAGCGAAGCCUGACCAUCCAGCAGCUGAGGGACGAAGACGCUGGAGAAUACGUCUGUGAAUCCACCGACGACCGAACAGCUGCCACCGUCAGCAUCGAAACCCCCCGUGUUGUGGAAUUCAUCGCUGAGCUGCGUAACAUCACCAUCCGCGAAGGGGAAGAUGCCGUGUUUAAGUGCGUGGUCUCGCCGGCCGACACCGCCCUGGUUUGGCGUCUGAAUGGAAAGGACGUGGCUCUGAACGAGCGAACCGCCGUGUCCUGUAACGGCCUGUGCCACAUGCUGUGCAUCAGCAGCUGCUUGGUGUCGGACAGCGGCAGAGUGACGGCUGACGCCGAGGGGCUGGAGUCAGAGGCGGAGCUAGCGGUCCAAGAGCAACAGGCGCUGUUCACAAAGAAAAUGGCGGCAGUUGCAGCCGAGGAGUACAGCGAGGCGACUCUGGAGGUGGAGGUCAGUCAAGAGGCGGCGGAGGUCCAGUGGAUGAGGCAGGGGAUCCUGAUCCACCCCGGCGCCAAGUACACCCUGAAACACAGGGGCCGGACCCACAGCCUGACCAUUCACCAGGUGGCCGCGGCGGACCGGGGCGCCUACAGCUGUGAAACCCUCCACGACCGGACGCAGGCCCAACUGGCCGUGGAGCCGCGAAAAAUCAGCAUCAAGCGUGGGCUGACAGACAUUAAGACCACAGAGAGAGAAACGGCGUCCUUUGAGGUGGAGCUGUCCCACGCCAACGUCCCGGGAACCUGGAUCCGAAACGGGAUCCAGCUGAAGCCGACCAACCACUUCCGAAUGAGCGCCAAAGGGGAAGUCCACAGCCUGACCAUCUCCAACCUGUCGGUGGAAGACACGGGCAGCUUUGUGUUCAGCGUGGAGAACCUGAAGACGUCGGCUCGGCUUGUUGUGAAGGAGCCUCCAGUGACCGUCAUCAGGAAGCUGGAAAACCAGAAAGUUCCUGACGGGUCGGUCAUCUCCUUCGACUGUGAGCUGUCCAGACACAACGUUGACGCCAAGUGGAUGAAGGACGGGGUUGAGGUGAAGCCCUGCAAAGACGUGCGUAUUUAUGCGAUGGGAAGGAAGCGCUUCCUGCAGAUCAUGAAAUGCAGCGCGGCCGACUCCGGCUUGUACGCCUGCGACGCUGGUGAUGCUGCCACUUCCUGCGCAGUGGAGGUUUACGAGCGUGAGCUGCUGGUCCUGCAGGGUCUGGAGGAUCUGGACAUCCAGGAGGAUCAGAACGCCGUGUUCGUUUGUGAGAUCUCUGUGGAAGACGUUCCAGGCGAGUGGUACAAAAACGGCGAGCGGAUCCAACCGACCAGCACCGUCAAGAUCCGGCAGGAAGGAACAAAACAUUUUCUCCUCAUGUGUAACGUGCGAUCUGAAGACUCCGGGGAAAUCAAGUUUGUUGCCCGAAACGCAGAAUCUGUUGCUUACCUGGAGGUGGAAGAGCUCCCGGUGAACAUCGUGAAACCKCUGCAGGACACGAGCGCCCUGGAGAAGAGCCGCGUCGUCCUGGACUGCACCGUGUCCAACCCCAGGUGCAGCAUCCGCUGGUACAAAGGCAGCAACGUCAUCCUGCCCUCCGAACGCUUCGAGAUCUGCAGCGAAGGCUGCUACCGCAAACUGAUCAUCCAGCAGGUGGCGCUGGAGGACGACGGCACCUACAGCGUGCAGGUCGGAGACUACACCUGCUCCGCCAAGCUGAGCGUGGAAGCCCAGUCUGAGCUGAUGGUGCGGGAGCUGAGCGACGUGGCGGUGUCGGCGCCGGACGACGCCUGCUUCGAGUGCGAGGUGUCGGCGCCGGCGGCCCGCGCCCCGGCGUGGAGCCUGAACGGCGAGCCGCUGCAGCCCAGCCCGCGGGUCCGCCUGGAGAACAUGGGGACGGUCCACAGGCUGACGCUGCGGCAGACCGCGGCCGACAUGAGCGGCCUGGUGGAGUUCACAUCCGGGAAAGCCAGAAGUCAAGCUCAGCUCCGAGUGGCAGGAAAUCCCUGAAACUCCCAACCUGCAGUCCCCUGACGCUUCAAUAAUGUAUAAAUAUUUUAUUUUGUCUCUUUGAAAGCAGCUUAAACUACCUUACUGUCUCCUGAAACCUGCUUUAAUUCAAACUGUGUCUGUUGUUGUGUUGUAAAUAAUGUUGAAGUGAUUUGACUGGACCUGGUUUGUUAAAGCUGUUACUGUCAAUAAACAGCGAGAUGAUUCAGAAACUA